UCUGGAGUGUGCUGUGCUCAGCCUCAGUUGUGGCUGAGCAGGACGCGGCGGAGCUUCAGUGGCGGAGCCGAGGAUCCGGAGCCCGGAGCUGGACUCUUUCAAACUACAACCACCGAACGACACGCUCACUGCCGAGCAACCAACUCCUCUCGACGGGUGCAACCCUUCAGGUGCUGAGGAAACUGCAGAAGAACCACCUGCGUCGAGACUCAAGGGGGGGUGAACGUUGAGAGGAUGUCCAGCCACUUGGCCGUUUCUUUGUGAAUGGAGUAGAGGUGACUUGUGACAAUGCGCUGCCUGGCUGCUCGGGUGAACUACAAGACCCUCAUUGUCAUCUGCGCCCUCUUCACACUCAUCACCGUGUUGCUGUGGAACCGAUGCUCCAGUGACAUCUCAGUGCACUUCCUGCCCCGGGCCGCCCUCGUGGCUCCCAGUCCCAGGGUGGGGGAUGCCAGCAUCAGCAGCCAGCAACACCCUCCCCAGCCCCCAGAGCCCCCGCCUGUGGUUGGGGGCGUCAGCGGCGUCAAGUUUGAAGAAAUCGACUGCCUGAUCAACGACGAAUCAACGAUCAAAGGGCGGCGUGAGGGCGGAGAGAUCUACCUGCCCUUCACCUGGAUGGAGAAGUACUUUGAGGUGUACGGGAAAGUUGUGCAGUACGACGGAUACGACCGCUUCGAGUUCCAGCACAGCUACUCGAAGGUCUACACGCAGCGCGAGCCCUACCACCCCGAUGGAGUCUUCAUGUCAUUUGAGGGCUACAACGUGGAGGUCCGUGACCGCGUCAAGUGCAUAAGUGGAGUGGAAGGCGUGCCUCUCUCCACCCAGUGGGGCCCUCAGGGCUACUUCUACGCCAUCCAGAUUGCCCAGUACGGUCUGAGCCAUUACAGCAAGAACCUGACCGAGCGCCCUCCCCACGUGGAGGUCUACGACACCGUGGAGGAGAGAGACAGCCGGGCCAGCACAGCACCCUGGAGUGUGCCGAAAGGUUGUGCUCUCAGCCGUGUCCACGACAAGACCAGAGCUACCUCCGUGCGUCAGUUCAGUGCUCCAGAGUCGUCAGAAGGCGUCUCCCUCCAGCUGGGAAACGCCAAAGACUUCAUCCUCAGCUUGGACAUCAAGUUCACCUCCAACGGCAGCGUGUCCGUGAUCCUGGAAACCACAGAGAAGGGCCCCCCCUUCACCAUUCACUAUGUGACCAACUCGCAGCUCAUCGCCUUCAAGGAUCACGAGAUCACCUACGGGAUCGGGCCGAGAACCUCCUGGAGCACUCUGACCCGGGACCUGCUCACCGACCUGAGGAAGGGCGUCGGCUUGUCCAACACCAAGGCUGUGAAGGCCACUAAGAUCAUGCCCAGACGGGUGGUGCGCUUAGUUCUACAAGGACGCGGCUCUGUCGACAACGUCACCAUCUCCACCACUGCCCACAUGGCCGCCUUCUUUGCUGCCAGCGACUGGCUGGUGCGCAACCAAGACGAGCGAGGCGGCUGGCCCAUCAUGGUCACUCGCAAACUGGGCGAGGGCUUCCGGCCUCUGGAGCCCGGCUGGUACUCGGCCAUGGCCCAGGGCCAGGCCAUGUCCACCUUAGUGAGAGCCUACCUCCUCACAAAGGACCAGGUUUACCUCAACGCUGCCCUCAAGGCAGUCGGACCCUACAAGGUGCCUUCAGCGCAGCACGGGGUCAAAGCUGUGUUCAUGAACAAGUACGACUGGUAUGAGGAGUACCCCACCACGCCCAGCUCCUUUGUGCUGAACGGCUUCAUCUACUCCCUGCUGGGACUCUACGACCUGACUGAGACAGCGGGAGAGAAGGUUGGCAGGGAGGCGGGGCAGCUGUUCAGCCGCGGCAUGGAGUCGCUGAAGGCCAUGCUGCCGCUCUAUGACACGGGGUCGGGCAGCAUCUAUGACCUGCGUCACUUCAUGCUGGGUGCCGCGCCCAACCUGGCGCGCUGGGACUAUCACACCACGCACAUUAACCAGCUGCAGCUGCUGGCGUCCAUAGACAAUGCUCCCGUCUUCAGAGAUGUGGUCAAGCGCUGGAAAAACUACUUAAAAGGGAUUCGCGCCAAGCACAACUAGGCAAAGUGUAAUCCACCAAUGUGAUCCAGCUGAGGGGUAGACUGUGUGUGUGUGUGAACUGGAUAAUGAAUGUGAGGUGGGUCCUCUCACAUUGUGUGUGUGUGUGUGAGUGUGUUUCUGGUUGAGGUUCAACCCGUAACAGAUGAGUUUAAUCAGCUGCAGCUCACAACUCAAAAACGUUCUCAUCUCUGCUGCAGGUUUUAUAUUUUCUGCCGACUGUAGCUCUCCUCCUCUUUUCCUUCAACGAGUGUUUGUAAUUAUGCACAGACCUUGUGUGUGUGUGUGUGUGUGUGUGAUGUACACUCUUAGAGAAAGAUGAGACUCUUCAAACAGUUAAAACCGAAUCGCAUUGAGGUCACAACAGUCUUCGAUAAAUCCAUCACUACUUUUUUACCAUUUUACCCCAGAGUUGCGAAGUUUAUUGGAAUAGAUAAACUGUAAAUAACAGAAUAUAUGAUAAAUUAUUUGGACAAUGUUGCCAAAAAAAAAGAGAAAGAAUAUCAAUAUUUAAUUAUUUUGGAUUAUAAUUUUCAAAUUCAUCGUUUUUAUCUCAUAACCUUCGAAAGACCAGUUUUAAGUUUUUUCUCUCUAAGCUUUGAGGUGAGAUUUAUUUUACCCUCAUCCCUUCACAGGAAAGCUGAAGAGUGAAAGGCUUUACUCUUCUGAACCAGUAGCUUCCAGGUCCGUUCUGAAGCACUUUUCUCUAUGAUACACAUAACACACACAUUUGUUGACUUUUCUCUAUGAUACACAUAACACACACAUUUGUUUGCUUCAUGAGCUGAACUCGGUUUAAGUAUUUGUGUUUAAUCUAACUCAACAUCGUGGACCAUGUGUCUGAUAAACCACCAUAUUUGAUUUCAAAGGCUCGGCCGCCAGCUGCCCUCCCACUGUAGACUGUAGAUAUAUGGACGACACGUUUCCGCCUACUGUCUAGAAAUGAACACACAAUAUCCUGGAUACAAAUCUGUAGCAAGCUUGGGAUUGAGCUGCCCCAACAUGAGUGUUCCUGUUACAGUUCAUGACAUAUAAUCAAUAAUCUGAAAUAAUAAUUUUUCCUAGUUUGUCACCAGUGCUGAAGCUGCUGCAGAGCUUGUAUCUACACGUGAAGUUUUAAGACAACACGCUGUUUUGCCACCAUUCUCAGCUGUAACCAAACCCCCACUAAACUCUGGCUGGUCACAAAGAAUCAUUAAUAAUUCAUGUGGCGUUGAGGAACACGGCUAAAAGUAAUUAGUUCUGCAUCACUUUGAGUUCAGCUCAGUUUGUAAAGCAUAAGUUUCCCAUCUCGGAGAACCUGGCUGUGAAUCCCAACUCAGUCCAGUCAGGUCUGUGUGUGUGUCUGUGUGUGCGUCUGUGUGUGCGGUUGCAGCUGAUCACAAAUCACAGUGAUUAAUGAAAAAGAAAGAAGGCGACUGAGAAAUGAAGAUUUGCUGAUUAAAAGUUCCCCCCCCCCAACAGUUCUUCUGGUUUGCACGGUUUGGGUAAAGCUGGACGGUUCAGAGUCAGAUAUAUUUAACUCGUUCGUGGGCGUGUUCCAACUUAAGAUCAAUCUUAGGUUUUAUUAUUCAUAAUUUCCAUUUAAACAAGGAAGUACAGAUGGAGAUGAGUCAGCACUUUGGAUGAAUGGAGAUCAAUGUGCGUUACAAGACAAAUUCUAUUGGAAAAUUUGAGUAAGAUCCAUUUUAUUUUGAAGCUCCUUCAUCCCAUAAUACAUUUUGGGUUUUUCUUCCACCUAUGAAGAAGCAGCAGGAGGUCUUCUGGCUCAGACACGUUUACAACAACUGGAAAAAGUCUGGAACAUUCAGACGACGCAGGAUGUGACGUAUAAAUUAUUGAAAUCACAUGUUUUUGUUUACGGCAAAUCAUCAGGUUAUGAUGUUAUCGCCCAAAUCGUGUGCGAUCCGUCUUUCCCAGUUUUCCAAAUCUUUGUCUGCGUCUUCUACGUGUCUUGUCAUCCUGAGAUAUUUACAUUCUGCAGUUUUUAAGUUGUGCGUUCAUUGCGCGGUAGAAACCUCAUCAAAGCGCCCGCUCGCUCGCUUGCUCUGAGUUUUCCUGACGUUUCCCUGCUGCUGUUCAGUGCUCGUCUGGAAAAACAGCUUAAGAGUCAUCUUCCUCUCAAAGUGAGCUGCAGGUGAAGCUAAGUGUAGACGUGUGUGUUGUGUCUCCGAGCAGAGGAAGAGGUGAGCAGCGGAGGCACAGCUGCAUCUCACAGCCAUGUCAGCUCUUAACGUUAAAUUCAACAAAGCCAGGAGAAGUGGAGCCGGAGGUGAAUUCUUUAUAAACACAAAGAGGCUCUCGUUUCUCUCUCCCUCUCUCCCCCCCUCUCUCUCUCUCUCUGGGUGCAUGAACUCUGUGUUUUUAAUCUGAGCGCUGCCCUGCUGACCGCUGCUCGAGGAGAAGCCGACUCGCCCAGACACCAACAAUUCACCCGGCUAAUAGGCUGGAGAGGCGGCCGGGCGGCGGGGUCGCUCGUCAGGGAUGAGUCAGCAUCCACCGGCGUCACAUUCACAAACACAACAGAGUGGAGCCCUCGGCUUCAAUGAGGCUUUCAUCGAUCUGCUUUAAAGAUUAUUAAUGAGAAGCAGGAGAAUGUGGCGCCGUCGCUCGUCUGAAAAGUGGCAGUGGGGAAUUUUUCUUUGGUCGUUUUCAUAAAACCGGGUGGGGGGGG